CGCUUCUAAUUUUUGAAUGGUAUCUCUGGAUCUUGGAAUAUCUAUUAUAUAUCCGUGUCGAAAAUUGAGAUAUCAUCACCGUCCUAUUGUGAUCUCGAAAAUUUACUUAAAACAAUAGUAUUGUUCACGUUUCGUAUUUUCACCAGGACAUACGGCAAGAUUCCUAUAGUUGGCUCGCAGCGAACAAAGUCAUGAUGACCUCAAAAACAAAUUGUGCGACCUUAAGAAACACAAUGAACCACGAUCCAAAGAGUUUGAAGGGCCAUCAAGUGUCAUCCCGUACUUACUCGUGCAAAUUUACUUAGAAUUUUACUCUUAACAGUCUGUUUAUACUUACUCUUCUCUCAUCUUCCUCAAGAGUGGUUUGCGAACCUCUACGUCUCUAAUAAAGCCGAAAUACACGUCAAUUUCAUGUCCAAACUAACAGAUUCCGGCAUAGCUUGGCUAGCUACCACUGUUCCACUCUUAUUUAUGUGCAUGCUUGCUGUCAUAUUCCAUGUUGCAUGGAAACGUGGGCGUUCGAACAAGGCAGAUGUAGGGAUUUUGAUUGCUCUUGUGAGUGUUCUAAAUGCGAAUAUUUAGAUAUGCAUAUCCAGUUGAUUGACACUACAUAUGCAGGGCUUCGUGAUCGCUCAUGAAAUCGUGGGCUGCGUCGGUGAGUGCACCGAUUCAAAGGAGCCGUUGACCAACCUAACAUAACGCUGAUAAGGCAUUUUUACUUGGGGACUGGACCACGAUGUCGUCUCUCUUCAUUCUGAAAAACUCAAAAGCUACCAUGGUAGGAGAUUCCUCAACAAUAAGUACUUUCUAUGCUUUUGCCUCAACAUGUCAGCUUAAACUGUACUAGUGUUUCUACAUUCUGCAAAUCAUUUAUCAAACCACCAUAGCCACAAUCCAAAUAUCCCUACUCUUCUUCUAUAUCUCUUUCCCUCUGACAAGCAACCUCAAACCCAUUUAUCAUAUCACCACUCUAUCGAUAUUUCUAUCCAUGAUCGCUUUCGAUACCGCAACACUUUUCCAAUGUACGCCAAUCCCUUAUAUAUGGGAUCGCACGAUCGCACAUGGUCAGUGUAUCAACAAAUCCGCUCUCUCAAUAACCCACGCCAUCACGAAUAUAUUCUUUCAUUUCCUUCUUUUCAUAUUAUCCCUACCUAUCCUACAUUCUCUCCAUCUGAGCCGUAACCAAAAAUACGCAAUAUCAAGCAUUUAUCUCCUCGGCUGCGCGUAAGUAUUCCGCCUCUUCCAGUGCAAAAAUUCCAACCAUCUAAUCUCUACACAUAAACAGUAUCUUCACAACCAGUAUCCUCAACCUCACACCCCUCAUCUCCAUCUCCACCCCCAUCUCCCCAACUCCCAAAGUAAUCAACAACCCCAACCCACAAACCCUCCUCACGCACUCCCUCGAACCCUCCUCUCUAAUCUUCCUCACCCUCCUCACCACACGCACCCCCCAAAACCCACCACCACCGCCACCAGCAGCACCAUCCACCUCACCCGCUUCCCCAGUAACUCCCCCUGGAAAACCCUCAAAUCUCGCUCUUCAUCCUUCAAAUCGCGCUCCUCGUUUAAAUCCCUCUCUUCCAAGUCCAAGUCCAAGUAUUCCCAACAUGUGCAUCCCGCGAUUAUGCAAUUGGAUACUAGUAUUCGUGAUGAAAUGAUGAUUUAUGUUACCGUGUUGGAGGAUAGAGGGAUUAUAUCGGGAGGAGCUAAAGAUGGUGAAGGGGUUUGAGUUUGAGUGGGUGUGUUAGUGGAUGAUAGAUACCGUACCGAGACGAGGGAGGAUGGGAAAUUUAAUCAUUUUGUGAUGGUUGUUACAAUUACUAAUUUGCUGUGAUGGUUGGU